AUGCAAUCUUUCACUAUUUCCCAUCUUAGAAUGCUUAUUGGUGCACUGAAAAACGGUUCUUCGCCUUCUUCUACAGCUGAAGAUUUACUUUUACAAUAUACCAAAUCUGAUCAGACUAUCUUACUUUUGUUUCAAGCUGUAAAAGAAGAAGAUCAGCUGGGACAAUUUUAUGCAUUACUGACCUUGCAGAAGACCUUGCAAACUCCAGAUCGGUUAAGUGAACCAUCUUUAGAUCUAUUUAUUAAUCAAGUUGAAGAGUUACUUUUUUGUUGUUUAGAUAGUGAUAGACUAGUUAGUGUUCGUUUAGCUGCUCUUUAUGCUACUUUAGGUCUUCUUUACUGGCCGGUUAAACCGAGUGGGUUUAUUAGUCGGAUUAAGGACUUAAUAAGUCGAGGACAACCGAUUGGGGCUGAAGUCUUAGGACAGUUUUUAGCCCAGGCAGUUGAUUCGUUAGAGAUAACGGAAGAAAGGAGAUACGAGUUGAAAAAAGCCUUACAUGGACCGGCUGAUGAUUUAUUUGGUUUAGUGGCUAAUCAGUGUACAACUGAGACGGCCUUAUCUAUUUUAGUUUGGUUGGCCCGUUUAGGAUCUGCUUCAGCAGUAGCUUUAGAAGCUUUCUUUAGUACAAAACCGGCCUUUUCUGGCUUAGUGGCUGAACUGAUCAGUGAAAUAUCUGUACCAGCUAAUAGUCAGUUAUUUAGAGUUAUUUCAGCUUAUCUUUUGACUGCUUAUGAUUUGAAACCGAGUGCGGGUUUAGUGGUGGCUUGUGCUAGUUUAGGUAAUCGGGCCUUACCUAAAUGUAUGCAGAAAGGAGCUUUUGAUGAUUUACUCAGACAGAUCUUAAGUGAGGUAAGUACUGGGUCUUUAGGAGUAGUUGGUUUAGUUGGAGUAGAAGGUGAAUCUUUAUCUUUAGAUACGAGUGCAGCUGAAGAAGAAGGAGUUGGAGCUGCAGCAGUUUUAGACCUCUUGAAAGUGUUUGCCGCCCGCGCCCGUGGCUUCUUACUAAGAGUUGAGGAGACACAGGAGAGUAUAGCUAUGGUUUUGGGAGGAAAACCGGGUGAGUUUUUUAUUGCCUUAUCUAAUCUAGGAUUGAAAAUUGGAGCAGGGGCUAAUGAUACAAUUGCUCGCACAGUUGAUUUACUAGCUGAGUCUUUGCCUUACUUGGCGACAGAUAUACUUUUACGGUUUCAUACUGAGUUGCCUAUUCCAGUUGCUGAAGUUUUGAUUAAACGGGCUUUAGUACCGGCUCCUUUGACUUCGCCUUAUCUAAGAUUAAAACAAGCACUUGUUCGUGGUGAGGAUCAAGAAGCAGCCUUAAGUUCUGCUUCCUUAUCUACGGCUAAAGAAUGUGCAGCUGCCCGGGAAUGUUUACUAGCUAUGUCAGCUGCUGGGACUUUAACUCCAGCUUUACUGCAAGCAGUGUACCAGCGGGCCGUAAGUGGACCUAGUCAUGCGAUGGACUUAGCAGUUUCAGCGGCUGUACUGAUGAACCGGCCGGACUUAGUAGCACUGACUAUGAAAGACUUCCAAGCGGGUGGACUAGCCGCCUUAGUUGCAGCUGCCCAACGGUGUCCUGGUCUUUUAACUGAAGUCUUUCCCCGGUUUAUUACUUAUCUGACCUCACAAUCAGGAGAGAUGAUUGGAGUAAUAGAUACAGCGGCUAAAGUUUUAGAAGCAAUUGGUGGAGAUGCUGAACAAGUCUUAGGUAUGCCUGCUCUACAGUGUAUUUAUGCACGAAUUAGUAGUGGCAGCUUAUCUGAAGUAAGAAAGAUAACAAAAUUAUUAGCUAGAUUAUCAGGAUCGGCUCAACAUGCCUUUAUUAGAGAGAUAUGGAGUAGAUUAAGGGCUGAGGAGGAGAAUAAUGAUGGGAUAGUCAGUAGUGAGAUGCAAAGAAUAGCAGUGGUUGUUGCUAGUGCUUGUAGUCCGGAAACAGCUGGUGUGCUUUGGGAAAUGGCUAGUACGGGGGCAUGUCCAGUGCGUAGUUUACUAGUGGGUAUUAAAGAGGUGCUUAAACAGAGCAGUACGGAAGAGAUACAACAGGCUGCCUUAAGUACACUUGUAAGUCUUUACACUGAACAUUCGGAGGAGUCCUUAAGGGCAUCUAUUGCUGGUUUACUUUCGGAACAGCCCGAGCGGAUUCAAAGACUAGAGAUGAUGUAUGGGAUUAGUCUGCAGGACGUACAAGCAGCGACUGAGAAACGAGCGGCUAUGAAACGGGCAUUAAGACGGAUUGAAGGGUUGCGCGAGAAGGCUGGAGCUUUAUUCCAGCGCGUGCAAGCCCCUGAGGCAGUUGAGGAUCCCCGAUGGUCGCAAACUGGUUAA